AUGUUUCACAGCUUCAUUCUUUGCGAUUUAUUAGUGUUUUACAUAUUGUAGUAGCAUUACCAAGCACUAGCCUUGCACGGUUUGUUGAAAGUUUUUUUUUUUUUUUUUUUUUAACCUGGCAACACUUGUUCUUCCCACCACCGAUCCAACGUGGCGCUGGUGCAGUCCGCCAUUCCUCAUUCUGUAUUUCCGUGCUCAAGCCUUCGCACGUGUCUCAAGUCCGCCGCAACAAAGAUCUUCCAACAUGGGCAAGAGGAAAGAAGAGCUCCGAGACGACGAGAUACGAAGAAAAAUACAAAAAUUGGAAAAUAAAUUGGCGAAAAAACCUGCUAGGCGUCGAAUUAUAUACUCAUCAUCCGAUUCUUCUGCAGAAACAGACGACGACGCAAAUCAAGUUGAGGUACGCAAUGUAACUACAGUGGCCAUGGUCCACGGCGAGGCCUCGCAAAACUCACCUCGUGUCACGUCUCCACGUGCCGUCUCGCCGCUGCCGCCGCGCUCGCCGCAAGACAUGCCGUCGCCCCCGGAGCAGCCGACGCCAGCUCAAACUGACACGGAGACCGAAGUACCUAAUCCGGAAGAACAACAACUCGACGACGAGAUUUUGUCAUUACUGGGUGACGCCCCAAAAAGUGACCAUCAAUUUGGGCCACCUAUGCACAAGGACAUUGCCAAUCGAUGGCAAGAGAUACUUUUAAAGGGUUUAGACAAAGAAACGAAAGAAAGACUGUUAAAACAGUAUAUGAUCCCUAAAAACUGUGACAUGCUUUUAGCUCCCAAGCUAAAUCCCGAAGCAAAGGCUGCUUUGUCAGACGGCUCUGUAAAACGUGACUUCUGUAUUAUGCAAAAGCAAAAUCAAGUGGGCGUGGCCCUUGCUGCCCUGGCCUCUCUUACUGAAUUAAUAAUUUCAGGAGAGAAUAAUAAGCAAAAACUUCUUAAGCCCCUGAGUGACGCAUGUCGAAUUCUGUGCGAUAGCCAUCACAGUGAAACAGCGACGAGACGCCACUUCGUCUUAACCGCAACAGAUGCUGCUCUUAAAGAAACGUUGGUUGAAACAGAAAGAGAUCAAUUUUUGUUUGGCGAAAACGUGAGCGAGAAAUUAAAAGUAGCCAAAAGCAUCCAAAAGACCGGGGAGUCGUUAAAACAACAACAAAAGUCUGUUUUUAACAAAAAUAAUUUUAUUGCAAACAAAGGUCAUUUAAACUUCAAGCCGUAUCGCAGGACGGACCACAAGCCAGGCGCCAGCACGGCGCGCACAGCUCGCGCACCUCGCGCACCUCAGCGCUACCAGCCCAGCGCGAGCAGCUACUCGUACCGAGAUCGCCGGGCGCCGGCACCGAGUCGAGCCCGCUCGCCGCCGCCGAGACGCAACACCCACUAUCGGAGAUAGACGACGAGGUACGGUACGCUGGUAGACUUCGAUGUUAUUAUAAUGAAUGGACUAAAAUAACUGAUGAUCCAGUCAUUUUAUCUUGGCUUAAAGGUUAUUUAAUACCCUUUACUUCCACGCCUCGUCGCCCCGAUACCCCCCGUGUCUACCCUAAAACUGACCAAGAGCAUCAGGAUUUUCUAAAGUCAAUAAAAUCAUUACUAGACAUCAACGCGAUUUCUAAGUGUGAUCACGUUGAUGACGAAUUUAUAUCAACAGUCUUCUUGGUGCCUAAACCGAAUGGCGACAAACGGUUCAUAUUAAAUUUAAAAUGUUUAAAUAAAUUCGUGGAUACUAAACAUUUUAAAAUGGAGGAUUACCGUACCGCCUCUAAAUUCAUUACCAAUUACUGUUACAUGGCAUGUAUAGAUUUAAAGGAUGCAUACUUUUUACUACCCGUUCAUGAAUCUCAUCGAAAGUAUUUGCGUUUUGUGUAUGACAAUAUUUUAUAUGAAUUUAAUUCCUUACCAUUCGGUUUAAGCUCCAGCCCGUAUGUGUUUACUAAAUUAAUGAAACCCGUAAUGGAAUAUUUAAGAUCACAAGGUUUGCUUUCAGUCAUAUACCUGGAUGACAUUUUCCUGAUUGGCACUUCAUACUCUGAAUGUAAAACUAAUGUUAACAUAACCAAAAACACUUUAGAAAGGCUUGGUUUCUUACUAAACUUCGAUAAAAGUUGUUUGGUCCCAAGAAUGGAAUGCAAAUUCCUGGGUUUUGUCUUUGACUCCCAAAACAUGAUUAUGAAACUUCCUGACACUAAAAGAAUAAAAAUUAAAGGAAAGUUACAGGCAUUAUUAAAUAUCCAUAGAUGUACACUACGUGACUUUGCAAGAUUUCUAGGUCUUUUAGUGUCGGCAUGUCCAGCAAUUCAAUAUUCGUGGCUUUACACCAAGGAAUUUGAGCAUUUCAAGUAUUCAUGUUUAUUAAAUAAUCCUAGUUACGAGCAAAGUGUACGAAUACCCACAGCAUUAAAAAAUGACAUGUUUUGGUGGCUCAAUAACAUAGAUCAGGGUUAUACUCGUCUAUGCGUAGAAGAAUAUAAAUUAGAAAUUUUUUCAGAUGCGUCUACGACUGGCUGGGGUGCCUAUUGUGAUAAUAAUAAAACCUAUGGCCAUUGGAAAGACGAUGAAAUUAAUUUACACAUUAACGAACUAGAAAUCAAGGCUGCUUUCUUUGCUCUCAAAAGUUUCGCAAGGAACCUAAAUGACUGUAGAAUUCUUUUACGCAUAGAUAACGUUACUGCAAUUUCCUGCAUUAAUAGAAUGGGCAGCAUACAGUUUAGACAUUUAAAUAAGAUUGCCAGAGAAAUUUGGGAAUGGUGCGAAUGUCGUAAAAUAUUUAUUUUUGCAUCUUACAUUAAGUCAAAUGAGAAUUAUGAAGCAGAUUCACUGUCACGUAAAAAAUUUAACGAUAUUGAAUGGGAAUUAAAUGAUUAUGCAUUUAACGAAAUAACAUCAAAUUACGGGUACCCGGAGAUUGAUUUGUUCGCUAGUCGUCACAACGCAAAAUGCCCUAUUUAUGUAACGUGGAAAAAUGAUCCCGAUGCCUGGGCUAUAGAUGCGUUUACGAUCUCUUGGAAAGAUAAAUAUUUUUACGCGUUUCCACCAUUCGCGUUACUUGCUAAAACAAUGCAAAAAAUAAUAACUGACAAAGCUGAGGGCAUAGUAGUUGUACCAUAUUGGCCGAUGCAACCAUGGUUUCCGUUAUUUAAAAAACUAACUGUUUCUGAAUAUAUUACUUUCGAACCCAAUGCUAAAUUAUUAAUAUCUCCUUUCAGGACGAGUCACAACCUACACAAGACCCUCAAAUUGGUUGCCGCGAAGCUUUCAAGCAAGCAUUACUGAAAAAGUCGCUAUCAAUUAGAUGCAUAGAAAUAAUGUUAGCCUCCCUAUCAGAUUCUACAUAUAAACAAUAUGACGGAUGUAUUAAAAAGUGGGUAUCCUAUUGUAAGAAUAUAAGUGUUGAUUAUACAAAUCCAUCUGUU